AUGCAGACGAACCCUAGCAACUUCCCUCGCGUCGCGCCGGACGCGUCCGCUGCCGGCCGGACACAGCCGCGCCGCCGCCCCGUCCACUCACGCGCUGCCACCCCUGUCCCUCUCUCUCCUCCUCGCGCCGCCGGCCCGUACCGUCGCCGCCUGCCUCCCGCGCGGCCUGCCCCGCCGUGUCGCGUCCCCGCCGGCCUCGCUGCUCCGCCGCGCCGGAGCCCGCACGCCGGCGAGCCCGUCGCCGCACCGCCUCCUUCCUCCGGCCUCCCUCCGCCGGCGCCGCACCGCGCCCCCUCCCUCCGGCCGCCUCCUUCCCUCGCCGUCCCCGCUGCCGCUCCAGCGAGCCACCGCUCGGGAGCCCGAGCCUCUGCCUCGAUCGGAUCUGGUGAGGAUGAGAACGAAUGUUGA